GUCACAAGAGCUAAACCAUUAAGCUGAAGGGAAAAAUCCUUGCCUGCAGCCUCCUGUUCACAAUCAGGGACAAAAUAAAAGAAUGCAGAACCACAGGUAAGGAGCUUUGAAGAUAAAAAUGGAGGAGGUGGCAGAGAAAUAGAUACUAUUUCCAUCAAAAGGACAAUAAUCUCUUUAUGGGGCAAGGCAAGAAGUGAACAGCUAAGCAUAUUAGACUCUUUACUUCUCUCAUCUCAGAGUAUUUGCCUUUAAAGAGCUCAUGGAUUUAUCUAAAUGUAGAUUUCUAGGUACCGGACCUCAGAUUUCAGUUUUCUGCCUUCAGAAAUUACUUGGAUUUUUCUUCUUUUUCUGUGUAUUGUCAGAGAAUGUUUCUGCAAACAGCAUUCAACCCAAGAAAAGCACAGAAAAUUGCCUACAUCUUGGCAAGCAUUUUAAAAGAUUCAUGGUAGAAGGAGAGCCUGUCAUCCUGAACACCCCCUUUCCAAAACUCCACAACAAGAUCUUCUUCAGCCUCCACUACAACCUAUCAUGGCAUAAAAAUGAUUCUGACAAGACUUUACUAGGAACCAGCAAAUCAGGAAGAAUAUGGAUGGACAACGAUGAUCUUUGGAUUUUGCCAGCAUCAUUGGAGGACACAGGAACUUACAUUUGUACUCUUAGGAAUGCAUCUUAUUGUGCCACAAGGUCUGUUGAGUUAAAGGUCUUUAAGAAGUCAGAAGCAUCUCUGCAAUACAUUUCCUAUCGUCAAGUUCUAGUCACAUCAGGUCCUGGAUAUCUAGUUUGCCCUGAAAUAAAAAAUUUUAUACAAGACAGAAAUAAAACAGAAAUAAAAUGGUAUAAGGAUUCAGUUCUUUUGGAUCAGAGCAAUAAGAAGUUUUCAAUUUUGAAAGGAUCCAUUUACUGCCUUAUAAACAAUGUGUCGUUGGACGACUCUGGUUACUAUACCUGUGAGCUGCCUUUUGUCUAUAAAGGUGUGAAGUAUAACAUCACCAGACAUGUUAAGGUGCACAUCAUGAAAAAAAAGGAGGAGACCAUUCCUGUAAUUAUUACACCUAACAAGACUGUACUGACUUCUCUUGGUUCAAAAUUGGUAAUUCCCUGCAAAGCAUUUUUUGGCUUGGGGUCACGAUCUACAACACUUUUAUGGUGGACAGCAAAUAACACUUUCCUGGAUAAUGUCUACAAAAAAGGCCGAGUUAAGGAGGGACAGCGCCUUGAAUAUUCAGAAAAUAAUAAAAGUUAUAUUGAAGUGCCUCUGAUAUUUAAUUCAGUGGAAAAGAAGGAUUUGAACACUGAAUUUAUAUGUACUGCCAAGAACAGAUUGGGAACCCAGAGCUUGCAAGCAAGAGUUAAAGAAGAACUUACAUUUUCCUGGGGAAUUGCUGUGGCUCCUCUCUCACUCAUCUUCUUGCUGUUUAUUGGCAUAUGGAUACAUAGAAGAUGGAAACAGAGACCUGAGAAAGUAUACACUACUAGAAAAUCAAUGAUUAUCGGUCAUGAUUGUCAAACCUCAACUCCUUACAGAAAGGAAAUGAUAUAAAACCACAGGCAUAUUCAUUCUCUCUGUAUGUCUUUCUCUUUGUCUCUCUCUAUCUCUCUGUCUCUGUCUUGUCUCUCUCUUUCUAAUGACAAUGAGUUCUCUUGAUAUAUUCUUGCCCCUGCUCUUCCCCCUCUCCUUCAUUUGUCCCAGAGUCACUGGUCUCAAAGUGAAGUAUUGAAUCAGAAAGUAAAAUAAACAUAUAUUGCCUAUCUGCAUAGGAGCUCAUUUCCCUCUAUUGCUCUCAGCUAAAAUGAAUGGAAUGAGAGGUUUGCCUUUAUGGACUUUAAUGCUUUGGUACCUGAAUGGAUUUGUGAUCUCAUGCAUAUGUUUAGAUCAUUAAUCCCUUCACUAUUAUUUCUUCUGUUAUUCUUGUUCAUAUCCUGCCCCUUACCUUUCAUCUAGACUCUUACCUAUCUUUUAUGUAUCUACUUAUUUACAUAUUGUCUCCCCCAUUAGAAUGUGAGCUCCUUGAGGGUAAGAACUAAUUUUUCUUUAUUUCUAUUCCUAGCAUUUAAUAUGUAGAAAACACUUAAUGCAUAUUUUUUUUUCAUUAACAUUAAGGACUAUUUUCUAGAUUAGGAAUUCUUAACAUAGAGUGAAUAUGUGUAUAUUCAAGUGUUUUGAUAACUGUAUUUCAAUAUAAUAUUUCAUUUGUAAUCCUAUGUAUUUUAUUUUGUGCAUUUAAAAACAUUAUUUUGAGUAAAGUCUACAUUGCAUUAAAAAAAAAAAAAGACUAAGAAUCCCAUCUCUAAGUUUUCAGUUUUGUGGAUAUUGGUUUAACACUUGAGUUUCUAUCACUCACUGUAUGAUUGGUCCAACUUUUUUUCAUGCCAUACAUGUCUUUAAUAAUGUCUUUAUCCUGCCCAUAAUAAUGGAUGAAAAAAAAAAAAACAGGAGGCAAUGACUUUGGGACAUCAUAGAGGGGGCAAUAGGACAGAUUAAAGUUAUUCCCCUGGGACGUAACUA